AUGGAUAACCAACCUUAUACUUGGUAGGCAGAGAUUUAGAAUAUUGACCUUCCGGUAAGUAAUUGAAUUAAUCUUUUUAGAGACCUGAUUUCAUCAAAGAUUUCUCUAUUUAAUUAUUUAAGGAUUAGUUUUGCUGA